CGUAAAACCGGUUUCUAUCCACCUGACGACCAGUGAAUCUUCGCGCAGUGUCUCCGUCUCAAACAAAAUGGCGUCAUCUUUACUUGUUUUUCUGUUCUUGGGGUUUAUGUUCGAAGUGAAGUGUUUCCCGGCUGCUGUCGACGAGUCCAUCUCCUCAAGAAAGGAAAACAGACUGCUGGCCGUGCUAGGGAGAAGAUUCCACUUCGACAAUGCAGAAGUGGAAGCAACAAAAGAGCUGAUAGAAGACGAGGAGAACAACAUUGACCCUGAACAAGACGAAAUAACUUUCCGACUCCAGGUUGAAGAAAUCGUGAGGAAACUAAGAACGAUGAGCGACGAGGAAAUGGAAAGAAUAAGAAUGGUUUUUGUUCGUAAUAUGGGACCGGACAGAGCAGAAAAGGUCUUCGGAGCUGCGGAAGAAAUAUACGCGAGCGAAAAAGAAGCAAAUGAAGAGUUGCAAAAAUCAUUUCAACUAAACGAAGGAGAAGAGGAGGCUUUUGAGGAACUCGUUGAGGAUACCAAAGAUGGAAGGGAUCCAGAAACGGAAGAUCUGGAGUUCAAGUCCAGACUUUACGAGCUGGCAGACAAAUAUGGCCAACUGUCCCCGGAGCAGGAAGAGAGAUUUAGAGACCUGGUGGAGGAAGGAUUCGGUCCGGAAGAGGCAGCCACGUUAUUCCAAGAACUCAGGGAGAUCCACGAAGAAAUGGAGACAUUAGAAGCCAACUCCAACGGAGAUGAUGGUAUCAGCUUAGCCGCGGAGAAAGUCGACAAAGUAGCUGACGAUCAGGAAAACAUGAUGUUUUGGGGUGAGUUACAUGUGGACGUGCCUGAUGAGGGAAGUCAAGGCAAUGACAUAGACAACGGCGUGGAAGAUGUCGAAGAUUUUGGAAACUCUCAUUCACUACAGACUACAGGUGCAAAUCCCUUUAAUGCACCGACUGCAGGUGCAGACCCUGUUCCAGAACAGACUGCAGGACCUGGUGCAACCCUUGUUCAAGAACAGUAUGCAGGCGCAAACCCUGUUCAAGAACAGUCUGAAGAUGCAAACCCUAAUCAAGAACAGCCUGUAGGUGCAAACCCUGUUCAAGAACAGCCUGCAGGUGCAAACCUUGUUCAAGAACAGCCUGCAGGUGCAAACUCUACUCAAUUACAAACUGUAGAUCCAAAUGCAAAUCCUACGGAAGCACUGACGGAGACAGGCACAUCGAUAGAGAGCAAUGAUAAUGGAAAUAUCACUGAUAUUGACAGUAAGACGAUAGAAACUGAAAGAAAUGCCACACUAAAUACCAUGACGAAUACUCCAACAGUAUCAACUACAGUGAUCCGUGUAAUCACCACCUCCCCAGCAGGACAAAACGUCAAUAGCUCAGUAGCGUCUGUCAAUAACGUAGCAAACACCACUUCUACGGCACAAACUAACCUCACUAUCUCGGAAAAUUCAUCCAUUGAUGGAUCUCAAAGAAAGUGGGAAAAUAUUUCAGAUGCACCAACCGCAGUUUUUAAUUCAAGCAACGUCGCUACAACGAGGAUUGACGAGACGAAUGUGCUGAACAACAUCACAACUUUGCCAAGCAGAGGCGACAAUUCUGUAGCGAAUGACCAGGAGUCUUUGAGUAUCGCCGACAAUGUGACUGCCAUAGAAACUGAAGUCUAUUCAAAAGUCAACGCAUCUGGACAGGAUAAAGAGAUCGCUACCCCAGGAACGUUCCCUGGUAAUGUAACAAAGGCUGUAGAGCUCGUCUCUGCCGUUCCUACACCAAUCUUCAACAACAGUAGCUCGGCAGACUCGCCAUCUAAGGACAUGGGAGACAACGAAAACGAUACCAGUGGAAUUCAAACAACUACAGCAGAUGAUGGCGCCAAUGAAGACAGUGUUUUAGCAGAAAGUGUUACAAUGGGUAUUGAGGAUCAGGCAGAUGAUGAAGGAAACGAUAUCUAUGAUUGGUUUGAGUGGCUUACUUCUGGCUUCCGUGAUGAUGAUGACUGGGAUAUAUGGCCGUGGGGCGAUGGGGACUGGACUACCAUACCCAUGACGACUGAAGCGCCCUUUGAGCCCACUCUACCCGAGCUCUCUCUUUGACCUGAAUUCUUACAGAUCGCUCAACGAAUUUUUUUUUAGAAAAAACGAUUCAUUUUAGGCUUUGUAUGUUUUGUUGCAUGCCUUUCAGUCACAACUUUACAUUUUAUAUGAUAUACUCAGUAAGAAAUUGAGUGUUAGGGUGCGGUCACACGGGCGUAUAUAUUCAAGUCUGUAUGAAAUUCGUAGCUGGCCAAAGAGUAUUUUUUUUCUUUUUUAUUGAAGAAUACAUGGAAUGAUACAAAUAAAAGAACGAAGACGAA